AUGAUUGAAGAAUUGAUGUCUGACGUUUCCAGGUCGAUAGUGCCCACGGUCGGAGAGAGUAUGGAAACAAGCGAAAAUAUUGAGCCACCGAGUCAGGGGGAAGAGACUGCGGGCGAAGAUGAAAGUGACCUAGGACUUCCUCGGGAUCUAGCGAACGAAAUAAAAGACACGAUUAGGCAGAGAGGAAUUGAGUCGUGUGAGGAUUGGAAGGAUUAUGUGAGCACCAUGGAAAGAGAUGCGGAAAUUCGCGAGCUACUAAAAACGGACGUCUUGCAGAAACCGACGUAUUCGACUGGACAGCAGUGCGCAGGGGCCUGGAGUGCACAUUUGGGGAGCCUCACGAAAACGGAGCAAGCAACGCCCAUUGCGGGUGAAGUUGUUGUGCAACAAUUUGCGAACUAUUUGAGGGCUACGACUUGUCCAGACCAAGGAAUAUUCAAGGAGAAUUAUGAGGAUGUAGUGGGGUGUGAGUCGUCCGUAGUAGAGAUUUUGGGCGAUGAUCAUUUGAGCGAUCGGGCAAAGAGCAUGUUCAUGGCAUUGCCUAGAGCUGUCAAAGAGCAGGGAUUUGAGAGAGUGGUCGCUGAAAUGGCCAAGUUGUUGGCACUUGACUCAACUGCGGGUAGGCUCAGAGCCUUGACAGAGUUGAGGAAACUGAGAAUACGGCCAAAUCAGGGCUGGAACAAAAAGCAAUCCAGGAGCGACAAUAGAGGACCGGUCGCUCGAAUAUGCCCAAAUUCUCUUGGACAGUCUCAGAGACUGGCCAGAGCAUUUCCAGCUAGUGGGAGUGCACACAGGGUGGAGCCACACAGGGCGUAUGAUGAGGUAAAACAGCUGGCUCUGAGCAUAGAGCAGUCGAAGCUAAUGCUGAGUGCCAAUAGAAGGCCUCCUAAUUGUGAGUGGAGAAAUAGGUUCACGAAAUAUUGCGGGGACCAGGAAAGCGAAAGCAUUGAAAAUGGAUGGGGUGCAAGCGAACUAGAUCCCGGAGGAGCGACAUGCGCAGGGGAAGACGAUAAUGAGCGUCGAGACAGGGGACGCAAUUCGACAAAACGGCUAUGGGACAAGGCAGUAACGAAGUCAAGAAGUGUUAUAAUUGCCCGCGGUAUGGGCACAUAG